AUGCCUUCCAGAGUUAUCGUCGUCGGCGGUGGAUUGUCGGGCCUCAGCGCAGCUCACACAGUCUAUCUGAACGGUGGCAAUGUGCUCGUUCUUGACAAGCAAAACUUCUUUGGCGGUAACUCCACCAAGGCCACCUCCGGUAUCAAUGGUGCUCUCACGCGGACACAAACCGAACUGGGCAUUGCCGAUAGCGUCAAGCAGUUCUAUGAGGAUACUCUCAAAUCUGCCAGAGACAAGGCCCGCCCGGAUCUAAUCAAGGUUCUUACUUAUAACUCUGCCUCUGCUAUCCAUUGGUUGCAGGAGAUCUUCAACCUUGAUCUUACUCUUGUUUCACGGCUUGGGGGACAUUCGUUUCCCCGUACGCAUCGUGGUCAUGAUGCCAAAUUCCCCGGUAUGGCUAUCACAUAUGCUCUGAUGCAGCGUCUCGAAGAGCUUACGGAGAGUGAGCCACACCGCGUCCAGGUGCUUAAGAAGGCUAGAGUCACCGCAGUGAAUAAGGAAGGAAACACCAUCACUGGCGUCACUUAUGAACACAAUGGCGAGACUCACAUCGCUGACGGUGUCGUGAUCUUGGCUACUGGUGGAUACGCAGCUGAUUUCACAGAAGAUUCCCUCCUGAAGAAAUGGAGACCAGACACCUACAACUUGCCCAGCACUAACGGUGUCCAUGCCACUGGUGACGGCCAAAAGAUGCUCAUGGCUAUUGGCGCUAAUGGUAUCGAUAUGGACAAGGUCCAGGUCCACCCUACCGGUCUUGUUGAUCCUAAGGAUUCUGACUCCAAGUGGAAGUUCCUGGCUGCUGAAGCUCUCCGUGGUGAGGGAGGUCUUCUCCUUAACUCUGAUGGUCAGCGAUUUGCCGAUGAACUGGGGCACCGAGACUAUGUUUCCGGUGAAAUGUGGAAGGAAAAGGAGAAGGGCAAGUGGCCCAUCCGCCUCAUCCUCAACAGCAAAGCCUCUAAUGUUCUCGACUUCCACACCCGCCACUAUGCCGGCCGUGGCCUGAUGAAGAAGAUGACCGGCAAAGAGCUGGCUAAGGAAAUCGGUUGCGGAGAAGCUGCGCUCAAAAAGACCUUCGACGACUACAACCAGAUUGCCGACGGCAAGAUGCAGGAUCCAUUUGGGAAGAAGUUCUUCCACAAUGGCCCCGUGAAAAUCGAUGAUACCUUCUACGUCGCCCUGAUGCAGCCCGUCCUCCAUUUCACCAUGGGUGGAAUCGAGAUCAAUGACAAGGCCCAAGUCCUCAACUCAGAGAAGAAGCCGUUCGAGGGUCUGUUCGCCUGCGGUGAGCUUGCUGGUGGUGUUCAUGGAGCCAACCGGCUUGGUGGAUCCUCCCUGCUAGGCUGUGUUGUCUACGGCCGUGUUGCCGGUGACUCCGCAAGCCAAUAUCUCUUGCAGCAAGUUCUCUCCAACCCCUCUGCGGCAGCUUCGUCCCGUCUGAACCAGAUCUCCCUCCACAUCGACCCAUCCCAGCCAGGUAAGGUUUCCGUUGAAUGGACCUCUCCAUCCGGCGGAAGCAGUGGCGCGAAAUCCAUCCAAGCUGCUCCCGUUCCUACUGCAGCAGCAGGAAAGUCUGCCGCACCUGCCAAGGCCGCAGAUAAUGUCGCAGACGUCGCAAACUUCAAGGUCCCGGACAAGGAGUUUACCAUGGAAGAGGUCGCGAAGCACAACAAGAAGGAUGAUCUGUGGAUCGUCGUCAAGGGCGUCGUGAUGGAUGUCACCAACUGGCUCGAAGAGCACCCUGGUGGAGCCCAGGCGCUCUUUAGCCAUAUGGGCAAAGAUGCGUCGGAAGAAUUCGAAAUGCUCCACGACGAUGAAGUCAUCCCCAAAUAUGCUGCUGGUAUCGUCAUCGGACGCGUCAAGGGCCAGACACCCAGCCUGGAAUACUAA